GGACAGGGGAACCCCGGAAAAGAAGCCAACGUGUGGGUGUGGGUCUGUCUUGUGCGUGUGUUCACGCGAGGGACAGAGAGAGAGGGAGAGCGAGGCAAUCGAACCGCGCUUAGCACACAACCCACAAACCCCUAGUUUCUCUCUCCUUCGCUCUCUCCCUCCCUCUGAAGAAAUUGCUGGCGUCCUCGCUGUUUCCGCCAUUAAAGGAUCCAUCGCAGGAAUCUCUCUCCUCUACCUACUGAAAGUACUAUAUUAUAUUAUGGCUGCCUCUGCCGAAACAUUUUCUGAUCAAGAAACGGCCGGAGUGCCUGGGAAUACACAUUCUAACCAAAAAAGGGCCCGUGAUGAUGAGGUAGGUGCUGGAGGUGGUAGUGAUAAAAGGUGGCCUGGAUGGCCGGGGGAGAGUGUCUUCCGUCUGCUGGUUCCUGCACAGAAAGUUGGUGGUAUUAUUGGUAGAAAAGGAGAGUUCAUCAAAAAGAUGUGUGAGGAGAGCAGGGCACGCAUUAAGAUUCUUGAUGGUGUUCCAGGUGCACCGGAAAGAGCUGUUAUUAUUUCAGCAAAGGAGGAGCAGGAUGCUUCAAUUUCUCCAGCAAUGGAUGGCCUUCUGAGAGUUCACAAACGUAUUAUUGAUGGUUUAGAUGGUGAAUCUGGCCAUGCCCCACCAAGUGGAGGUGGAAUGAUUUCAACACGACUUCUGGUUGCUGCUACCCAGGCUGGAAGCCUGAUUGGGAAACAGGGAGCUACAAUAAAGUCCAUUCAAGAGGCAUCAAACUGCACCGUCCGUGUUCUUGGUACAGAGGACCUGCCAGUUUGUGCUUUAGCAGAUGAUAGAGUUGUUGAGAUACAAGGGGAGCCCACAGGCGUGCAUAAAGCAGUUGAAUUGAUUGCCUCGCAAUUGAGGAAGUUCCUGGUCGAUAAGAGCGUGCUUCCACUAUUUGAAACAAAUAUGUCCAUGAAUCCACAUUUGGAACCAAACAUGCCACCUCAACCAUGGGGCCACCAUCAAGGUGGUCUAUUUCCAGGUGCUGGCGGUUCUGGAUUUGGGAACAGUUCACAGUAUAUGCCUCCUCAACGUCAGCUAGACAGCUACUAUCCACCAUCUGAUCUUCCUAGUGUUGAUAAACACUCUCACCAAGCUUUGUCUGCUUAUGGAAGAGAUGCACCAAUGGGUCAUCAAUUGCCGAAUGCACAGCCACAACCAGUAAUUACCCAGGUUACUCAGCAUAUGCAAAUUCCAUUGUCAUAUGCUGAUGCUGUGAUUGGAGCUGGUGGCUCGAGUAUUAGCUAUAUACGGCGUGCUAGUGGAGCCACUAUCACUAUCCAAGAAACUAGGGGUGUUCCAGGAGAGAUGACUGUUGAAAUUAAUGGGUCUGCAAGUCAAGUACAAACUGCUCAGCAGUUGAUACAGAAUUUCAUGGCUGAAGCUGCAGGACCAACACAAAAUCAGCUCAACUCUGUUGAUUCUGCGUACAAUUCUUAUCCUCCACAGAAGUCCAUGUACUCCUCACCGCCUUCCAACCCUGGGCCUGCUAGUCUUCCUGCUGGAGGUUAUGGAUCAGUCUAUGGUGGCAAUUAUGGAUACUAGGCAACUUCAGCAUUUAGUACGCGUGCUUUGUGAUCCAGGCUUAACUCGAGGACCCUGAUAGUUUUUUGCAGAGAAUUGUGUUGGCGUAGGCAGAAUGUUCAGAUAAUGUAUCCGUGUCCUUUAGAUUAGCAAAUUGAUGGAGCCUUUUGCAAUUUGUGUACAUUAUGACAUGUUCUGUAGCUCUUAAUUGGAAGUUAUAAUUUUCAAAGCACUUGUUCAUGCA